GGCUAACAAACGAUGGCGUCGCCUUCUCUUGGGUAUACCCCGUGCUCUUGUCUGAUAUACUGGAGUCGGUAACUCUUGUUCCCUUGCUCUGGUGAAUAUCCUUCACGCAGCUGUGUGACCCUUGUCCUCUAUAUUUUGUUUGUUCUGUUGACACAACUGGUGUUUCAUGACCAACUGAGGAUUGGCACGCUUCCCCUGUCCCAACGCACCCGCUCCCGCAUUUUGAAACGGACCGCCUCCCAUCCGACACAGAGAGUCCCGGCAGGCCACGACAUCCCAACGUUUAUAUCCUCUGUGCAUCCUCGAUCUGCCUCCGGGCGGCGACCCCUUGUCCAAUAUGCCCUCCAAGAUGAAGUCACGCCCGCAGGUCUACCCACCGCUGGCCUUCCACAUUAUCCGCACGAUCGCCUUCAUCAGCGCCUCGAUUGUCAGUGGGAUCCUGAUAUACUUCUGCAUGCAACUGCGGCACGAUGGGUUUAAGUUACCCUGGACCUUUAUUAUUGUCCUCGCCUCGACCCUCCUCUCUCUCCUCUCCCUCUUCCUCACCUCGUUCCUGUACACCUGCUUCUUCCUCUCACCGCUCUUCAAUCUGAUCCUCAACGUCACAAUCUUCAUCAUCUGGGUGGUCGGCUACUGCCUCUUGACGUGGAACAUGUACGGCACAUUGGGCCACAGCUGCUCUCGAGCUAACUGGGCUUCCGACGACGGAAUGAUGAUCUGCCGCAUCUACAAGGCGCUGUACUCGUUCGAGGUGUUUGGCCUGCUUGCCCAGAUCGCGCUGAUUGUGUUGGACGUGAGGACCCGGCGCGCGCAGACGAAGCUCGGGAGAUACAAUCAGAUGGCCGCCGGCGCCGCCCGGGGUGGUGCGGAUGUCAAACUGGACGACCUGAACAGACACUCGGAUUCGGGACUGCUCGGCGGACACGAGAGUUCCCAGGACGGGCUUCCCUAUGGUAUUGGAGAUUACAACAGCCAAGCCGCUCAUGAGUCGCGAUUGGGCUUGCGAGACCAUGCCGCCGAGUCGGACUACAGCAACGGCCACUCCGGGCGGGUCAGGGUGGACGAUUUCAACAAUUCUACCAGCAGCUUCGGCUAUAACGCAUACGCGCCGCAUACAGGGUAUGCCAAUGGCGGGUACGGAUAUGAGCCACAACGAUAAAAGGAACAUGAUUAAAGGCACAGGACACAGGCGAGAACCUUCGCUGGAGAGGGUAUAGGGUUUCAUCUCUUUUGGCAUUUCAAGCACGGUGCGCGUGGUAGCGGCGUCAUAGGAUCGGGGGAUAUCGGUUGGAAUACGCGAGCAACCAACGUAUGGGCACCAACGGGUUGCGAAUUCGCGCAAUGUGCAAGCGAACAUGGUUUCAAAGGCGAGACAAAGGGCAAAGGCAGUGUACAAGAAGGCUAGGGACCUCUGCGCUACAUGAGUGUAUUAUGCCAAUAUCGUCUACUUCAAUCCAUCAAGCAACCAGCUGUUCCAGUAGCAGUUUCCGUGAUGGAACCAUGUGCAUAUUUUCUCCCGCAAUACCGGGCUUGCAUUGGUCCUCUGCAUAUUGUAUAGCAGCCAUCACUUGAGAGCCAGAAUUGGACGACUUCAUCAGUGGACUUUAAGUACCUCCUCCCCUUCCUGCCUCUCCAGCCUUUAAGACAAACAAAUUGGAUCACCCCAGUUCUUGGUUCCUUAUUAUAUGUACAUAUCUAUGAAAAUUUCCUUCUUAA